GGGAAGGAGGACGCUGAUUGGUGGAUAGGCGACGUUGGUGACAUCAUACAGGAAGUUUUUGGAGCCGGAUCGUCGGAGCAUCUUCUACAGCAACCUUAGCUAACCUGACACUAAAAAAAUGCAAAGUGCGGAGGGGAAAUACACCGAUCUAAUUCAGGGCUGGACCAUGUGGCUGUGAGCGGUAUGCCAUGCAGAGGAGACACAGCAGCAACACGGAUGGCAUGCCCUCUGAAAGGAGCCGAAGCCAAACUCUGGGAUCAGAGAGCAGUCUGGAUGAGGGUGGUGUGUUCGACUGCCUGAAGCCCGACUCCCCCGCCUCACCCCAGCAGAUCUUCUCCGGCCUGGUGGGUGUCCCCUCAGGCUCCGUCUCCUCUGCCCAGUUCCAGGCAGCCGGCUUAGUCCUGGGCUCUCCCCCUGAAGUUUUUAUCCAGAUGACUGCAUCGUCCAGAGAAGAAGGAGGCCCCCACCGCACGGAGGGCGGACCUUUUCUCCCCCGGCCUCCCCCGCACCACCAUCACCACCACCACCACUUCCACCACCAGCCCCUGCAGCACAGGACCUCCUCUCUGCUCCAGCAGGCCACCACGGCGGCCGGCUCGGAGAGGCACAGCUCCAGGGAGGAGGCCCAGGAGGACCCGUCCACCCCGGCCCCAGCCCUGUCGGAGCUGAAGGCGGUGGUCACGUGGCUGCAGAGGGGCUUCCCCUUCAUCCUCAUUCUGCUGGCUAAAGUCUGUUUUCAACAUAAACUAGGUAUUGCUGUGUGUGUGGGCAUGGCCAGCACAUUCGCCUAUGCCAAUUCUACGUUUAGGCACCAAGUGUCAUUACGGGCGGAUCGUUCUGUAUUUGUUGCUCUGUGGAUCAUCAUGUUCCUUGCAGGGAACAUAGUUUAUAUCUACUACACGUUUAGUCACGAGGAGCUGCACAACAGCCUCAUAUUUGCCAAGCCCAACCUCGACAGCUUUGACUUCUUUGAUCUGAUCUGGGCGGUGGGCAUCACCGACUUCGUCCUUAAAUACUUCACCAUCGGCCUGAAAUGCUUCGUCCUCUUUUUGCCUAAGAUUAUUCUGGCCUUCAAAUCCAGGGGUAAGUUCUACCUGCUGAUCGAGGAGCUCAGCCAGCUGUUUCGGGCCCUUGUACCCAUCCAGCUGUGGUACAAGUACAUCAUGGGAGAGGACCCGUCCAACAGUUACUUCCUGGGAGCCACACUCAUCAUCAUCUACAGCCUUUGCAAGUCUUUUGACAUCUGUGGACGUGUGUCUGCCAUACGCAAGGCCUUGGUCAUGCUCUGCAGCUCUCAGAGUUAUGGAGUGAGAGCAGGCAGUCAGCAGUGCAGCGAGGCCGGCGAUGUCUGUGCUAUUUGUCAGGCUGAUUUCAGAGACCCCAUAGCCCUGCUCUGCCAGCACGUGUUCUGCGAGGAGUGCCUGUGUCUGUGGUUCGACCGGGAGAGAACGUGUCCGCUGUGCCGCUCCACUGUCAUUGAGACCCUGCGAUGCUGGAAGGACGGCACCACCUCGGCUCACUUCCAGAUCUACUGAGACGACAUCAAGCGUCCUCGCUCAGAUGUGAUUGUGCUGUUAUACAGGUUAGACAAUGGCGUGUCAUUUAUUUUGCUGGUUUAUUUUAGUGCGGUAACUCUUCAAAUCAGGGGAAGCGUAAUUGCAGAGUGUAAUUUUGGACGUUCAUAAUUUUUAGUGCGGACAAGGAGAGCGGCAAAUGAAGUCACGUGCACAAACCAAAUUAUGAUCAUGGCAUCACUUACUGAAAACAUAAAACUUUUUCAAUUUUACAAUUGGACUGUUGUCAUAUCAUUAUUGCAGUAGUCAGUAGUUUGUGUUUCUGCCACUGUUGUUAACCAUGAACAUUUUAUUUUACACACAUGAAAAUAGGAUGUUACUUUGAUUUAGUGUGUUUGCAAUGUAAAUAGUCACACUCACUCAUUUUUUGGGGGGGUAUACUCUAUGAUUUUGUUCCUUCAGCACAGUCCAAAUGUUUUUUUGCGAUGGGUUUUCGUCAGGACUUUUCAGAUUUAGCCUUGUCUUUACCACUUUUGAUGGCACAUUUUUUGUAUACUUUAUGUUUUUGUCAUAUCUAUAUGCUGUCUUAAUAUAUAUUA